UUUUUUUUUUUUUCAAAUUUUAUUAAAAAUGAAUAAAAUGAAUAAGUUUUCAAUUUUAUAUCGUUCAUUGCGAACUACAAAUAAAUUAUUUGAUUGGGAACCUAGUAAAAGUAAAGGAGUAGUGGGAUUAUACGAAUUUUUUCAAGGAGGUGCUAAAAAUCCCAAUCCAGUACCAACGUCAAAAGAUAUGAUUACAGGACGAGCAUGGACAGCAUCAGAAUUAAGACGCAAAUCAUUUGAAGAUUUACAUAAACUUUGGUACGUUUUACUUAAAGAACGUAAUUUACUUGGUACGAUGUGGUUAGAAGCAAAAAGAUGGAACAAAAUACAUAAUCAGCCAUGGAUUGAAGCAUUUCGCGAAAGAACAUUUAAGUGUCAGAAAUCGAUGGCAAGAAUUAAACAUGUACUAAGCGAACGUAGAGUAGCAUAUGAAUAUGCUAUACGUAAAGAUUCAAAGUUAUUUGGAUUAGACAAGGCUCCUGAACCUCAUUGGAGUUAUGAACCACCAAAAUCACAACAGAUAGAUAAUAAAAGAUUGGUAAGAAAAAGUAGAAUUAGUAAUAGAAAUAAUUCAAGAUUGAGAAGAACGUAAUGAUCGAUCUUUCCCUGUAUCUUGUUUAAUGGACAAUAAUAUGUGGAAUAUUGCAAUACUAUAAAGGCAUUGUCUUUUUUUUAUUUAAUAAAUUUUAUAAAUAAAAAAGAACAAAAUUUAUUGUCAU